GCCUUGUCAUUAUCUUGUGAUUAUUUUUAACUUUUCUUUGGCUUGCGUAUAUCCUCGAUCAUAAACAAUAACGACAAAAAUUAAUAGUGCAAUAUUCGUAUUGGUUACAACUCAUAAAGUGUUGAACUGAUUACCUCAACCAAAUUCUAGUUCAAUUAAAAGAAAAAUACUCCACCUUUCAAAAAACAAUGACUGGCUUCUCGUUAAAACUGAAAACCAAAACGGGUCAGCAGCACAUUUUAAGCAAUUUGGCGCAGAGUACCACCGUAGGAAACUUAAAAGGAACAAUUACCGAACUAACCAAGAUACCUUCGGAUGUGCUGCACGUUGUGCUUGGAUUUCCACCGUUCAAACAGUUGAACUUCAACAAUGACGAUGAACUGAUAUCGCAUAUUGGUGUUAGCAAUGGUGACACGUUAAUCGUAGAAGAACGACAGCUGAGCGAAGAGGAACGCAAUAGACAAGCAGCACUAAAACUUGUAGAAGAAGAUGAAGCACUGGCAAAGGAAUUAGCCGCUCAAGGCGAAGAAAACAGCGGAAUAUUACUAAAACAAACUGUGCCAAGUGAUAAUUCUUGUCUGUUCACCAGCAUCGGUUUUGUUUUAACAGGAAAGGUUGAUCCAGAUAACAGUCAAUACAUGCGGCAGAUCAUAGCUUCCACAGUGAAUGGAGAUAAACAAGAAUACAACGAAGGCAUCCUUGGUCGACCAAACGAUGAAUAUUGUGCAUGGAUUCUGCAACCUGAAGCGUGGGGCGGAGCAAUUGAAGUGUCAAUUCUUUCGGCUUAUCACGGUAUCGAGUUCGAUGUUGUAGACAUAACAAAUGCAAUAAUCAAUCGUUUUGGAGAGGAUAAAAACUAUGGCAUGAGAGCUUUCCUAUUAUUUGAUGGUAUUCAUUACGACCCGUUGUACCUGGAAUCUACUUCGGGGGAUCCGCCGAGAACUAUUUUUCCAAUUGAGGAUAGUCUAGUAUACCAGCAGGCAGAGCAACUCGCCAAGGAAGCCAAAUCAUCUCGUCAGUUCACGGAUGUGAACAAAUUUAUGCUGAAAUGUAACGAUUGUGGCUGCCAUUUGAAAGGACAAGCAGAGGCACAAAGUCAUGCGAAAAAAACUGGACAUGUAAAUUUUGGCGAGGUUUAGAUAUGUGGAUGCAGUUUUUUUUUCGCCAAGCUUGCUGUUAAGAAUUGUGUAAACAUUUUAACAUUUUAGAGUUUGCCUCUUUUGUGUUCUAGGUAUAAAUAAUAUAUACGAAAUUCUAAAUAAAAUGGUUGCACUGAUAUUUCAAUUUUCGGAGAUACUUGCAGCUAUAAGUGUCGAAAUUUUUAAUUCUCAUUCCAACUAAUAUAGGCAUACCUAGUUUAUAUAGUUUUAUUGAUUUUUUGCGCAUUUUAUCCUGAAAAGCUAAACCAUUUCAUGUACUAACGGAUAAAGAAACAAUGGAGCUCUAAGUC